AUGGAAGACGGCCAGGGUAAAAGAGAAGAUUUUGAUGAAAAAAGAGCGAGCCCAUUUUUCGGUUUAAGGGGGAAAAGAGAUUUCGAAGAGAAAAGAGCGAGCCCAUUUUUCGGUUUAAGAGGAAAAAAAGAUUUCGAAGAGAAAAGAGAUAGCCCCUUCUUUGGUCUCAGAGGAAGAAGAGAAGAUAUUGAUGAUAAAAGGGAUAGCCCCUUUUUUGGUCUUAGAGGAAAGAAAUUUAUUAAUGAUUAUACAGAAGGAAAACGGGCUUUCCAUGCACUGCGAGGGAAGAAGGACGAGUCAUAUAUUGACAAUUACAUAGAUGAUCUUAGAAAAGCUUAUGAGGAACGAUCCACCGAGUCAAGGCCGCCAUUUUCUGAAGAAGAAGAAGAGAAGCGCGCAGAACCCUUUUAUGGCCUCCGUGGCAAACGAUCUUUGGAAAGCAAAGAGAGUGUAGAAUUGAAUUAG